AGGACAUUUAAGGACAUUUUUAUUUCACUGAUAGAGUAUCAAAAGAUGGCGGCCCGUAACCUGACCUCCAGGUCCCCGCACAUGGAGUCGAACUCCAGUGGGGGUUCCAGCACUGAUCCGUUCAACCAGGAAUACGAGCCACAGAGUUACGAUGAGUCCUCAUCCAAUUCCAAUGGUUCCAAAUCACCGGAGGAACGUAGGCAGUUCCUUGACUAUAACAACAGCUACCGCGACUCGACAUCAUCCAUAGUAAAUCCAUUUGGGUCCAACAACAACUUGAACUCACAGCCUCUUGACUAUGACAGAUAUCCGCAAGGACUAACCGGUUCUCGUGCUGUUUCGAUGGGCUCUGCUGGCUCCCAGCUAGAAGAUGUCCGCGCAAACCGUUACAGUGACGGUUCCUCCCAGCUGUCAGAAAAGUCCUCGAAUCCAUUUUUGGUGGACACGGAUUUUUCUCCGUUUGGAGGGUAUCCGGCUUCCUCUUUUCCCCUGCACAUAGACGAGAAAGAGGAAGAUGAUUAUCUACAUAACCCAGAUCCUAUCGCCGAUGCAGAGUAUGACAAGCACAGAUUCAGAAAUGAUUUGAAAAACAUGGACAAGCGUUCUUUGAGUGCUCUUAUAGGAUGCAUUCUCCUUGCUCUUGGCGCAUUGUGUUUAUUUGUUGUUUGGCCAGCUCUGACAUUCACAGGUGUUACAGACCACUUGGACUCUAAACCAUACCAUGACACCUAUGUGCUUUUGACCGAUUACGUUUAUCCACAACUUAGUGCAAUCAGAACUUCUUUAGUCGAUGAAGACACUCCGGAAAGUGCGAAAACGAGAACUGCAAAGGAUGGCAGUUUGUGGAAGCUGGUGUUCAGUGACGAGUUUGCUGCAGAGGGCCGCACGUUCUACGACGGUGAUGACCAAUUUUGGUAUGCUCCAGACUUCCAUUAUGAUGCUACGAAGGAUCUGGAAUGGUACGACCCGGAUGCGGUCACUACCAAAAACGGAACUCUCCAGCUUCGAAUGGACGCUUACAAGAACCACAAUUUGUUUUACAGAUCGGGUAUGUUGCAUUCUUGGAACAGGAUGUGCUUCACGCAAGGUGUUAUGGAGGUUUCUGCCAAAUUCCCCAAUUAUGGUAACGUUUCGGGUCUGUGGCCUGGUAUGUGGUCUUUGGGAAAUCUUGCUCGCCCUGGAUACCAAGCAACAAGUGAAGGCGUGUGGCCUUUCUCUUAUGAGGCGUGCGAUGCUGGAAUUACUGCUAAUCAAUCUUCCUCAGAUGGAAUAUCCUAUCUUGCAGGUCAGAAGCUAAACAGUUGUACUUGUGAUGGAGAAGACCACCCUAACCAGGGGACAGGCAGAGGAGCUCCUGAAAUCGAUAUUAUUGAAGGCGAAGUUGACACUGGUAUUCGUAACGGUGUGGCAUCUCAAUCGUUCCAGACCGCUCCUAUGGAUAUUUGGUACAUGCCAGAUUACAAUUUCAUCGAAAUCCAUAAUGCUUCGGUUACUACUGUUAACACCUAUUGCGGUGGUCCGUUCCAACAAGCCGUGUCCACAACCACCACAUUAAAUACCGAUUGGUACGAGCUGGGUGAAGGAACAAGAUACUUCCAGAAAUACGCAUAUGAGUACCUCAAUGACAACGACAGUGGAUACAUCAGAUGGUUCGUUGGUGACAACCCAACUGCUACCCUUCACGCUUAUGCUCUUGCUCCAAAUGGUAAUAUUGAUUGGAGACGAAUUCCUAAGGAACCGAUGUCUAUGAUUUUGAACUUUGGUAUUUCGAACAAUUGGGCGUACAUCGAUUGGCCGUCAAUUCAUUUCCCUGCCAUUAUGGAGAUUGAUUAUGUGAGAAUCUACCAACCUAAUGACUCUGUGAGUCUCACGUGCGAUCCUGAAGAUUAUCCAACUUACGACUACAUCAAUAGCCACCCCACCGCAUAUGAAAAUUGGAACCACACAACUUGGAAGAGUGCUGGUUACUCUUUUCCAAAGAACAAACUUACUGGCUGUUAAAGAAUACGUGUUAUUAUAAAUUAGCUAGAAAUUGUUCUAGUGCCGUGGAUUGUUGUUGUUGGUCUAGGAAGUUGAACUCCACGAUUUCCCGGUUGAUAUUAAAGUUUGAUUCGCGGAGAGCAUCAAGCAGGUUUUGAGGCCUUUUGCUUUCCAGCUUACGAGCAAGAACUAUAAGUUUCCCGCUUUUUCUAAGCGCGUGAAGCACAAACGCUAUAUGGUCGCUUUUUCGGAACUCGAUGUAUUUGUUGAAAAUUUUGUUGCGCAACUUGUCUGAUUCCAACCCCCGAAAUUGAGGGGAUUGUCUGAAUUUGCGCUUAAACUCCAGAUAAUUAUUCAAUUUGACGUCGUUGUCGAUGAGCAAUUUGCAGAAUUCGAUCACCGCCCUCGUGUAGGGAUCACUGUUGCUAUUCGACCGAGCGACUUGUGUACACCAUUGGUCAAAUAGUGACCUUCGUUUUUCAUCAUCAUCUAUUUCAAAAUAAAUUGGAUCGUUCAUAAAUUUAUCGCACUCUAAAUCGUAGGAGGAAUAAGGGUCCACCUCGUAGCGGGUUAACAUGUUGUAGAAUCGUUCCGCUACUUCUGAAGAAUUUUCCUCAUAAUCAUCCAAAUCUGAAAGGUUUAGGCCUGCGGACGAGUCUUCCUCCGAUGACGACUCAGCUGACUUCUGAUCGGAUAAAUUGGAAAUCUGAUUCUGAACGUCUGACAGUUGGCAUUGAAUUUCUGGACUCUGUUCCCUCUUUUCGGAUUGUGACUCUUCCAAUUCACUACCGUCCUCAGUGUCAGACUCAUAACCAAGCAUUAUUCCUGUGCUGUCUGAUUUUUGUCGUUGAAGCGGCGACACCUCUUCCUUGUCAUCUAUUUUCAUGGAUUCACCGUCUUCAUCUUCAGAGCUGACAAGCUCGAUUUGUUUAACCGGGUGUCUUGCGCCAUGAAGUAGCUCAUUCAAGUCUUCAGCUUCCUUGUCUGUAAUUUGUGCGCCCCUAGCAACUCCAAGUAAUAAAAGUACCUGCUUUCUUUUAUUCUUUAGUUCUUGCAUCUCCCUGACACACUCAUUUGGCAAUUCCCAAAGGGAUGCCAAAUGGUCCUUGUCAAAGUAGAACUUGAAUCCACGAUCAGUGAUGACUAGUAACCAUCUUUCAGACAACGGCAGUUGGUAUAAAGGUUUCCCGUAGUUCAUAACCUGUCAUAAUUAAAUAAUU